CAUUUUACAGCAAAAUGGGGCUCAGAUAUGCUAAAGGCCUUCCCAAAGAUCAGAAUUUCUAACAAAUAGUGGCAUAUGAAAAUACGUGGGCUACAAAAUGAUCCAAUAAUAACCUACCUCCACAUUUACCAAGUAAACUGCUCACUCUCAGAAGGCCCUCAUUAAAUUUUAUCUCCUCCCUAAAUUUCCAUUGAGCCUCAGUGCACCUCAGUUUCCUCAUUUGUCAUGUAAAAAUAACCUUUCUCCAUUACAUGGAUUGCUGGAAGUGUUCUGUAUCUACACCAUCUAAUGUGAUAACCACUAGCCACAUGUGACUAUUUAAAUAUUAAAUUUAAAAUUCAGUCCCUCAGUAACACUAUCCAUAUUUUAAGUGGCUAGUGGCUACCAUACUGGAGAGGAGAUACAGAACAUUUCCAUCAUUGCAGAAAGUUCUGUUGGACAGUGCUGUGCUAGAGCUAGGACUUGCCAAAGAUAAGAGAAAGCGACAUGACUGGAAAACCCAGGCCAGUGCCUGUUGGUUUUGAGUGAGAAAGGUCACUGGGUGAGUGGGGAGCAAGCUGACCUUUGAAACAGUGAUAUCACAAAGCACAGCUCACAAUGGCUACAGAACACCUGGGAUUCCAGGCUGCUCUCCCUAACUCAUAUCUAGGUUUCUGAAGCUUCUGCACAUGUAGUUCCUGGAGCCACUGCUGUCUUAUUAAAAUGUCAACAUUUCUACCUGUAACUCCUUCCUGGGACGACGUUGCAGAUUCACUCUCUCUGAGCACACUAUGGAAUUGGCUACAAGCAACUUUUCUGGGAGAGUCUAGUGAGCCCCAGCAAACAAAUUUGGGGAUACUACAUAAUAUUGCUCCAGUUGUGCAAGUUAUCCUGAAGAUUUGCUUUUUGAUUUUGUUGACAGUAGGAUUAUAUGCGUUAUCGAAGAGAAGUAUUCAGUCAAUUCAGAGAACAGUGUUGUUUAUAAUCACGCUCUACAAACUUUACAAGAAGGGCUCAGAUUUUUUUCAGGCUUUGAUGGCCAACUCAGAAGUGAAUGUUUUCCCAGCUCAAGACAGUAAAAAUCUCUUCCUGUCCUUGGGUCUGCAAGAGAAAAUUUUGAAAAAACUCCAGACAGUGGAAAACAAAGUGAAGGACCUGGAGGGGAUGAUCAUUUCUCAAAAAUCUGUUAUGAAGAGAGAUUGCUCCUCUGAGCCCUACUGCAGCUGUUCCGACUGCCAGAGCCCCUUGGCCACAUCAGGGUUUACUUCCACAUCUGAAAUGUGAUGGACUCCACUCUUUUCCAGAAAAGCACUACUUCCCUCAUGUGUGCGUUGAUGUAUCAAUAAAGACAGAGAAGUAUAUUGAAAUUACCCAACAAGGGCUGGCUUUCUGUUCAGUGGGGCCCAGCUUCUACCUGUGUGUGGGGGGUACACCCAUUGCCGUUGAGUCUAGCAGUGGUCAAAAAUGUCUCCGGGCUUGUGGUCCCCAGGUGGCAGGCCAGAGACCAGACAGCCAUGUAGGAAAGGAUAGCCGAACUGGAAUUCAAGUGUGGGAAAGGAAGGAAACGUGGUCAGGGAUAUGGCUUUGAGGUCCAUGCUGAAGAGUCUGGAUUGAACAUAAUAAAAACAGCAGGAAAGUGCUGUUUGAGGAAGAUGCUGUGCACUGCCCGUUGUAGGCAGGCUGUUACCUGUGCUGACCCUUGGCCUACAAGUAAAGAUGUGGUUCAGGAGUCUUCUGCAUGAAUUGCUCAGAGGUGGGUAAACGUGGGGGUGGGCAUAAAGAAGGGUGUUUAAUUUUAUCUUUUACUGACAUCUACUCUGAGCUAAGCAUUGUGAUAAUCCCUGGGAAUCUCUGCCCUUCAAAAGCACUCAGCUUAGCACUCGGUAGUUCAGAAAUUCUCAGGUAGUUUGAGAACAGGGAGUUGCAAUACAGUGGAUUUGCAUCAUCUUGAACAUAGGACAAUUCUACUUAUGUGGAUUCCAGCUUGGCAGGUAGGAAGAAAGGAGGGAGCGAUGCCAUUCUACUCAAUGAUUGUGUACCCUGAUGAGAGAAAGAUGAGCUACUGGGAGAUGGCAGUAGGUGGCUCCCUCAGUAGGUCUCAGUUUCCAUAAGCCUUACAGUGUAAGCACUUUUGCCACAAUAAGUGUGAUUAUAGUAAUUGAAACACUUUGUAACUAUCUGGAAUCUAAAUGAAAUAUUUGGUGUGCAAAUAAAUAGUGACCUGUUGCCAUGCUGGUGAAAAACUGGCUAUGGGGGCCAUCAAGAGACAAUACAGCAGUCUCCAAAAUGGCCCCUUCCUAAGGGAUUUCCAAUGGUGAUUUUGAUUAUUCUUAAUUUUGCCCAGUACACUAAUGUCAAAAUGUAACUCCUGUGUUGAUGAGACUUCACUGUACAGUGUACUACUAUGUGCAAAAACAGGUGGGCAAAUUCAGGGUAGGAUCAGGAAAAGACUUUGCAGAUAAAGUGACAUUAAGUUGGCCCAGGAAGGAUUAUAAACAGUGAAAUGAAAGGCAUUCAUGCUGGUGGAAUCAUCAUGGAGGUAUACAGGAAAAAGGAUGCCUUGCCUGGGACAGUUUCAAGGUACCUGAAGCACCCGGCAUAUCCAAAGCUAUAAUUAAGCAUUUUGGCUUCAGGGCAAGACACACUAACCUCAUCCUUAAGUCAACUUUAAUUCAUCAUGUGAUGACCAGAACAGAUGGAAGUUACUAACAAUGUGCACUAUCUGACAGUUUAGGUGAGAAGUUUGUUACUGCACUUCUGAAGGAGUGCCAGGCAAUCUUUUAAAAUCAAAGUCUCCAUUUUUUGUGCCACAUAAGUUUGAGUGGCAGGAGCUUCUGUGAGGCUUUGGACUAACCAGAGCAGGUUGAGUGGACCCAGAAAAGUGAAGAAGAGUUAAGAGGCCAUAGCAUUAAUGGCCCAAGGAAAAGACAAAUUUGAAAAACUAUGUAUCCCUUCAUAUUUCUAAGUUAAUAUCUAGAGAUUUGCAUCAAAUUUAAAUAGUUGCAAAGGAUGUAAAUUCUGGCAAAUUGUAAAUACUGAGAUUUUAGAAGAAAGGGUUGAAUCACUUUCUACAUUGUAUCCAACAAAAUCUACAUAUUAUAACAAGUGAAUAACUACCAUCAUUCAUUUAAAAAACACAUGAAUGAAAAAUUGGAACCCUCAUUCAUUGCUGGUGGGAAUGCAAAACGAUAGAGCUGUAGUGGAAAACAGUAUGGUGGUUUCUCAAAAAAAGAAUGCACACCUAUGUUCCUUGCAGCACUAUUUACAAUAGCAAAAAGAUGGAAACAACCUAAGUGCCCAUCGAUGGAUGAAAGGAUAAACAAAAUGUGGUACAUGCAUACAGUGGAAUACUACUCAGCCUUAAAGAAUGAUGAGUCCUCCAAACAAUGUGGAUAAAUCUGGAGGACAUUAUGUGAGUUAAAUCAGUCAGUCACAAAAGGACAAAUAUUGUAUGAUCUCAUUUUUAUAAAAUGACAAGAAUAGGUAUAUAUACAUAUUUAUAGAGAGAGAGAGAGAGACCAAUGUUCCUUGGUAGUUACCAGGAAGGGGGCGAGAGGGGAAUCACUCUCUAGAUAGUAGACACUUAUUAUUUUUGGUGUUGGGGAACGUAACACAAAUGUGAAUGAAGUAUGCACAGCCUGACCAAGGUAAAAAACGUCACUAAGAUGUACACAGGAAAAAACGAUCUUUUUGGUAAUUGCUAUGGCAUAUAUAAUUUUGCAACAACAACCAAAAAAAUAUGUGCAGGUAUAUAUGUAUAUAUAAGCAUAUAUGUAUAUAAGUAUGUAUAUGUGAGUAUAUGUGUGUAUAUAUAGA